UGUAAACUAUUUCGUGAUUUGUUGUUUCCUCAGCCCAGUCCAAUGCUACUUUGGUGGAAUCUUUACGUGGUUUGAUCGAUAAUUCCGAAAUUGGGUCUCUUCUUGGGGAUCUGCGUCAUCAACCCUACUCAGCACAAGCGUACCUAAAGGAUUUCGUUCACAUGGUUUACAAGCCUUCAUGUGAUAUGGAACACAAGCUUGUUUAUAAAGCCAUUCUUUCUUCAGCGAGGGAACUGGGUACUUUGGAAGAUGAAGAUGGUAACGAGAUGAUUGACAUACCACUCGUUCAUGUGGCACACAGCCGGGCUCAGUCGCGCUUAAGGUGUUUUGCCAAACUCGUUCAAGCCCAUCCUGAUCUUGUGCCAAGACUAAAAGAUGUUUCCCGAGAGAAGGAAUCUGAACUGGUGAGUUGUUCCAACAUUACUGGGAAGAAGAAAGUUUUUUUUCCAGUAAAUUGCCCCAUUAUUUAUGUGCCAUGCUAAUUUCUGGUAAAGCGUUGUUUUUGUCGCCCUGGCAAGUUGAUUGGAAAUGUUGCCAUGAGCAAAUAUUUUGGUUUGUUGUAGUUU